CCCCUUUUCUGCAGACAGCCACACUGGGAAAACACAGAAAAAUUAAGGAAAAACAGAUGAAAAACUGAGAUUGUAUACAAUUAUAGCAAGAGCAGCAAGUAGUUUUCCGCGUCAGUGUUGACUUCUAAGCCUGCCGUUGGAGUAACGGCAAUUGCGCGACUUUUGAGUGAUUAAAUAGCCGAGAUUCCAAAGGAUCCGAGACCAUAUCGAAAUGGACUCGGCCACGAAUCUUCUGGAGCGACACGGCUCGACGGGCAAUUUAAGUAGUGGUGGACCAGCCGAAGUAGAAGUAACCACCCAUGCUAGGGCCACCUUUGGAAUGGAUUUUGCAGGAAAUCCGACAGGCGAGGCAGAGACCACCACCACGGCCACUUUGCGUUCAGCAGGAUCCGACGAGGACAUCUUUGAGCAGGUGAAGAUGAUUCUGCGCAAGCGACGCGGCUGGGGACCAGAGGAUUCUCUCAGCCCCAAUGAUUUGGACCUUCUGGAGUACGAUGACGAGUUGGUCGAGGAGGACGACGCUGGUUGUCCACUUCCCUCGACACCGGAGGACACACAGCUUAUCGAGGCGGAGAUGACGGAGGUGCUGAAAGCUGGCGUUCUAUCCGAUGAAAUUGAUUUGGGCGCAUUGGCCCACAAUGCCGCCGAACAGGCUGAGGAGUUUGUGCGUAAGGUCUGGGAGGCUAGCUGGAAAGUGUGUCACUAUAAAAACCUACCCAAAUGGCUGCAGGAUAAUGACUUCCUACACCGCGGCCACCGCCCACCGCUUCCCUCGUUCCGCGCUUGCUUCAAAUCGAUUUUCCGUGUUCACACGGAAACGGGCAACAUCUGGACACAUCUCUUGGGCUGCAUCGCCUUUAUUGGCGUGGCAUUGUACUUCAUAACGCGUCCCUCGGUUGAGAUUCAAACGCAGGAAAAGAUCGUCUUUGGCGCCUUCUUCAUCGGCGCCAUCGUAUGCUUGGGAUUCUCCUUCGCCUUUCACACACUCAGCUGUCAUUCUGUAGAGAUGGGAAGACUGUUUUCUAAACUUGACUACUGUGGAAUUGCGCUGCUAAUCAUGGGCUCCUUUGUGCCUUGGCUGUACUAUGGCUUCUAUUGUCAUUACCAGCCAAAGGUGAUAUACCUAUCGGUGGUGUGUGUGCUGGGCGUUCUCUCCAUCGUUGUCUCGCUGUGGGACAAGUUCUCGGAGCCGGCACUUCGUCCCUUGCGCGCUGGCGUGUUCAUGAGCUUUGGCCUGUCCGGCGUGAUUCCAGCGAUUCACUAUAGCAUUAUGGAGGGUUGGUUCAGCCAGAUGAGUCGCGCCAGUCUGGGAUGGCUAAUUCUCAUGGGCCUUCUAUACAUCCUUGGCGCUUUGCUGUAUGCCCUACGUGUUCCCGAGCGCUGGUUCCCCGGAAAGUUUGACAUUUGGGGCCAAUCACAUCAAAUAUUCCAUAUACUGGUCAUUGCGGCUGCCUUCGUCCACUACCACGGCAUCUCGGAAAUGGCCAUGUACCGCGUCAUGUACAGCGAGUGUACCGUUCCCAUCGAACCAAUAACCUUUUAGAUGCUGAAGUAGAUGCCAAGGAACAAUCAUCGGAAAAAGCACAUACAAUCCCAUACAUUUUCAUACAUACAUAAAUAAUUGCGAACUAGAAAAGUUUUACAAUGCAACCUUUUUAGCGUUUGGUGAGCAUUUGUACCUUGUUAUACAAAAUUAACGGAUCGAAACACAAACUCGCGAAUUAGGCGCAUUUAUCAUCAAAAUCUUACAUACAAAAACCUAGCAAAACAGUUGAUUGUCGAAUGAAAUCUGCAGUAGAGUUAAUAUAUGUAUCAUUAUUUAUAAAAAUUCCAAUUCGUCUACUUAAUGUUAUCCUAAGUUGAAUGACAAUUCUGUAGUACAGAAUAGGCUUGCUUCUGGAAUUGGCAAAUUGCAAAACAUCAGCCAGGAGUCAUCGCGAGAUGACUUUCGCUCAGGGUUACCAUUGCUAUAAUAGUUCGAAGAGCCAGCCAAGCAAUUUCUAUUUUAAGUUAUGCAAUUAGAUGAUCCCGUUGUGGCAUUAGUAUUUACCGCUUAUAUUUGUUAGGGUUGUAUGGAGUAAUGAACAUACACACACAUUUCAAUCGUUAGAUGAGGUCUGAGUUACAUAAACACUUACUCACACACAUCACAAAUUCCGUAUCCCUGCACACACUGAGGGCAGAACGGCGCGUAUGGAGUCUAAGAUAUUAUAUCACCAUAUACAUUAUAAUUGCAGAUCUAUCACAAAAACAUAAAGCGAAUCAAAACAAUAAAAAACUGAAAAGACUUCUAAA